AUGGGGAUCGUGAUCAUUGAGAAAUAUUCAAACGCAGAUCUCCCUGACAUGGAGAAGAACAAAUACUUGGUUCCACGAGACAUGACCGUUGGACAUUUCAUUCACAUGCUAAGCAAUAGACUUCAGUUAGAUCCAUCCAAAGCUCUGUUUGUUUUCGUACAGAACACACUUCCUCAAACGGCUAGUCGCAUGGACUCUUUGUACAGUACUUUCAAGGAAGAAGAUGGGUUCUUGUACAUGACUUACAGCACCGAGAAAACAUUCGGCUAA